AUGAGUCAGAGAAGUGGGAAGAGGCCCGUGGACUUAAAUGAUCCACCUCGGCGACCCCGUACCAGUAGCAACCGGGAAUAUUCGUUUCGAUCGCGACACGAUUCUGAACGUCACGAUGGGCGACACUCUGCCAACUCUGGCAGUCGACAGCGAAUAGAAAGCCGAGGAAACCGUUCGGAACACGAUAAUACGAUUGUCUUGUACGAUAAAUUCACAGGCCUGCCAACCGUGUAUCAACCCGUUGACCCGGCUCUUCAGCCUCGGAAUGCUCCAUUGACGAGCUUGAGGGAGGCACAUGCGCCCUUAAUGUUAUCUGCUCGGCCACCAAGGGAAAAAGAGGAGCACCGUCGGCACCAUCGGCGAGAAAAAAGAAAGAAUCCGGAGCGGCAUACUGAUGUUCCUCCCCCUGUUGUCCCGCAGGUCGCAGCCGAAGACAAUUCGAAGCUCGGGAAGGCAAAGGCUUCCCCCUUCGUGGAUGCCAUUCAACAAGAGCGGCCGCCAGACAGAUUCGUCAUGCCGAAGCUGAAACGUUAUAAGGCAAAAGAAGACGCAGUCGCGUUCGUUUGUCGUUUCAGGCAAACCAUGAGCCUCCAUAACUUUUCUGACGCCCUUAUGUGUAAAAUCUUUCCGCUCACUCUCAGUGAACCAAUCAUGAUAUGGUACAAUCAGUUGAAGCCCAAAUCCAUUUCUUGCUUCAACGAGCUAGAAUUGGAGUUUAGUAAACGCUUCGUUACUAGCAACAUUCAACCGAAGACGUUAUCGAUGCUGGUGAACAUGCGGAGAGCAGCGGGAGAAACACUGCGGCUUUAUACCGAGCAUUACUGGGAGGUCUAUAACCUUAUUCCCGACUGUGAUCAAGGAGUGGCAGCCGAGUCUUUCAUGAAUGGGUUGGAUCCAACCUCGGCAAUGUUUCGUGACCUCUCACGUAAUCCACCUAAGACGAUGGGAGAGCUCAUGACAAUAAUCGAGAAGGAUUGCAUUCACGAAGAAGCAAUGGCCGAGCGACACACGCCAAAGGCUGAACCUGCCAAAACAAUAGGGCCAAAGAAGCAGGUAUCGAACGUUCGCCAAGGGCAAGGAAGCCAGGGAAGCUCGGGCCAGGCAUCGAAUAAGCCGAACAACAAGGGCCGACCCCCGCAGCACCCUCAGUCACAAUCCUGGACACAAACGAAAAGAGAACCACAGCCGGACGAGUACGUCGCCGAGCGUACGGUAUUCACUAAACCUAUCUAUAAACUCCUUAACAUCAUUGGCAAAUUGCCAUUCUUUGUUUGGCCAACGGUACUCUUAGGCUCCGUCGGAAGCGGACCAGGGAUGUGCACGUAUCAUAAGGAACGUGGCCACUACACCACGCAAUGCCCACCUUUCAAAAGGUAUCUAGAAGAGCUAGCAACUGCCGGACACCUCAAUCAGUGGAUUGACGUUCGGCAAAAUCCACUUCCUCCGCCUCCACCUCUUGUUGGCAAUCUCGUAAGCGUUAUACAAGGGCUAGUUUCUGAAGGAAGGGCGGCCGAGCUUCGUUCAGAAAUUGACAGAGCUGUCACCUCUCUAUCUUUCUGCAACAUGGGCGCUUCGAUAAAGCGAAAGUGGGAAGAUCCGAGCUCCGGCAGCACCAUAAUUUUUUCUUCCAACGACUUAAAAGGAGUGCAACUUCCACACGCGGAUGCCCUCGUCGUCACUGUUACUAUUGAAAAAUCAACCGUACAGCGGGUAUUGAUAGAUCAGGGAAGCUCGGCCGAUGUCAUGUUUUUCUCCACCUAUCAGAGCCUCGGACUAUCUCCCGCUCAACUUCGGACGGCGUCAACUCCCCUUGUCAGUUUUACGGGAGCCCCGGUGUGGCCACUCGGCCUGAUUACCCUCCCUGUGCGAGCUGGAUCGCGCGUCCUGGAGAUCGAAUUUGUGGUGGUCGCUUCGCCAAGUCCGUACAACGUCAUUCUUGGCCGAACCAGGCUGCACGAAAUGCAAGCGGUUGCUUCAACCUAUCACCAGGUGGUAAAUUCGUCGGAUGGAACGGACGUCAGGAGAGCCUCCGAGACGAUCAAAUCCAAUCCAAGAAAUGCUACAUCAGCACUGUGA